GCUGGAUAAAGAGGAUUUAACCAAGUAUUUUAAGAAGUGUUUGCAAGACAAUUUAGUAAAAUUAAUUAAUGAGAGCGAAAAGCCCACUUAUCGUUUUGUUCGUCGUAUUGUUUUAAAAAUAGAUGAACAAGCCGAAAGGGAGGGGAAAAGUUAUAGUAAUUUACAAGAGGCUAAAAAUGAAUUACAGGCUAUCUUUGACAAAACAUUACCUUAUCAACAAGAAAUUUCUUUCAUAAUGUCAAGAGGAAGAACAGCGGAGGACAUGUUAAAAGGAUUAGAAAAGCACGAGUUAGAAAAAGGUAAAGAAGCACUGGAAGAAAUGGAAAAAAUUGUUUAUUUAAGUAAAAUGGAAAAACAUUUGCUUAACGAAAUUAUCAAAAAAUUAGGAAUUAUUAACUUGGAAUCCGAGAUCCAAGAUUUAAAAAAUCAAACCUUUACUUCUCCCCAACAACAAGCGGAAAAUCAAGCCAAGAUUGCAAAAAAACAAAAAGAAUUAGAAGAGUUUAAAAAAAAUGCAGAAAAAAAGCAAGGGUUCGUUAAACAAGAAAUUUCUACUAUCAAAAAUCAAAUCCACCAGUCUCUACAAAAAAAUAACUUAAAAACUUCUGAUUUACCCCCACAAUAUCAAAACUGA